AUGACGGGCCAUCGGCCAAAUGGAGAUGCUUGCAUUGAUACUGGGGGCGAUGCUCCGAGAUGCCAGCUAUAUAAGGAUCAAGCCGAGAUACGACCACUCUGCCAGGACAUCCUCUAUCCCAAUCGGCACGGCACAACCUUUUAUACGAAGUACCGACUGGACUCGUUGGUUCGGAGCCGGCGCGGCGAGUUCGGCCGCGUUGAUGAAAAAAGCCGGACGGCCAAUUCCCGGUGGGAAGGGUGCUUUACCGAACGAUUACGGCUGGGGUCGUACUUGUACCGAGCCGGCUUCGAGCCGGCGGCAAGCCAGCCGUGGCUGAGCAAGGGUGACCUGGUCGCCUUGCGCGGAACUGGGGAUACGACUUCCCGCAAGCACGGGGGUGCAGAGUUUGGCUCUUUUUAUCUACCAGGCUACGUCAUCUGCAACCUCGAGCUGGCAGGGCACGUAGAUAACGGACAAGCGUUUCUGUACACACCAGGCAUCAUCGGCCGCUUGGCGACAAAAGGACCUUGUGAUGGUUCUGGGCGGGCGGCGUGGGCGGGCUUUGGAUCAGGAUUAGCUGGCAACGGGGGGGAAAACUCCGCUGAAGGUGCUCAUCGGCGAGCUGACAGACAGGCCAGGUGUGGCAGUGCUUUGCUGCUUGGAUUAGGCGAUUGGCACACAUUUAACCCGCUACCGUCGCUGCGGGACCUCGCCGUGCCAUUCUCCAUUCUAACAAGGGAGGCUGCGAGGUCUCAGCGUCCAUCUCAUUUCCCAUCAUCUCGAAUUCGCCCGGCGUCAUUCUCUUCUUCCUCCAUCUCUCACAUCUUGCGUUGCCUCGUUCAACCGUCCGACAGUGAGCCCUGCGGCUAUGCCUCAGGAGAGCAUUCAACUUGCUCCCCCAAAUACCACCCCGACAACAGCCCAACGCCCGCCAGACAAGCGCACCAAAAUCGCACGCGGCCCUGCCAAUUCGUGAUGCCGCCUCGUCGGUCUCACAAAAAGUCGCGUGCGGGAUGCCGCAGGUGCAAGAACCGCAAGAUCAAGGUAUGUUCCUCUGCUGCCGGUUGCUACUGGACCCUCGCCGUCUCGGUCGAGCUGCUGUUCGCCAAAGCGCCGCCGCCCACCACCACCUUGUUUGCGCCCGCCCGCCAGGCUGAUGCUGAUCCGUGCACCCAUCCCAGUGCGAUGAAGUCCACCCGCGAUGCGGCAACUGCGUCAAGCAUGGCGUCCUUCUUUGAUGAGCUCACUUCCGUCGCCACGCCCGUCGCCACGCCCGCCGCACGAAGCCCACCUGUCCCCUCGCCUAGCAGCCUUUACAACAACAACAACCACCAUCACAACGGCCACAACGGUCAUGCCUCCGCUACCAAUGGCAAUGGUGUCAACGGAUCACGACCCUCUCCAACAAGACAAUCGCCGAUUCCUCCACCGCUCGUCUCCUCCCCGUCUGCCACAGAGUCUCUCCACACCUCGGCCCCUCAGAGCGUCCAGAGCGGCCCGGCGCCGUCAUUGUCAAGGGCACCACCCGCCCGCCCCGUCGAUCGCAUGCUCGAGCUUCGUCUCUGGCACCACUUUACGACGAGCACUUACCGGACCCUUCUUCACAACGUACCCGCAGCCGAUGACAUUUGGAAAUAUGAGGUCCCAAAGCUGGCCUUUGCCGGCAAAACCUAUCUGGCCGACGCCAUUCUAGCCGUGUCAGCUCUCCACCUACGAUCUCUAAACCCCGACGACAAGAAUCUCGUUCAGGCUACUCACGCCUACUCUGCCUCUGCGCUGGCUGACUACUGCUCCUCCUUGGCCGGCGGUAUCCAAGACGAAAACGCAGAGGCACUGUUCCUCACGGCCUGCCUUAUUGCUUUCCAAGCGACUGCCUCUCGCAUUUUUAUCAAAGACGAUGGCGAAAUGACUCCUAGUGCUGGCAAAGGCGCCUCCCGAUAUCCUCUACCCUUAGCUUGGUUCCAUGCCUUCCAAGGUGUAAAGACUGUCGUCGCAACCUCGUGGCAGUGGAUCUUUAACAGUCCCACUGUUCUCGCCGUCAUCAACUCACAACCCAGUUUCCAGCUCGACAUGAAUCUCUUGGGCACCACUUCUUUUUUCGGUCACCUUCUUGAAGGUGUCGAGGAAGAAGUCUCCGUGGAAGAUGCCCAAGCGAACCUGCUCUCUCAGCAGGGCUAUAUCCACGCCGUCUCCGUUCUCAACUGGGCCCAUCAAAACCCUUAUCCGCCAGCCACGCUCGCAUUUCCAGCCGCCGUUUCUAAACGGUUCGUCCAACUCGUCGAGGCCAAGCGCCCACGUGCCCUCGCCAUUGCUGCGUGUUUCUUUGCGCUACUAAAACGCAUGGAUAAUGUAUGGUGGCUGGGAGACGUCUCGAAGCGCGAAGUCAUGGGGCUUGUCAGCCUGUUUGAGCCCGGUUCCGGCUGGUGGCGGCAUCUUGAGUGGCCGGUCCGCAUCGCGCUCUGGGACGGCGACCCCAACGCCAUACCCGCCUCCGUCUGGGGAGCCGAGUGCGAAGAGGCGCCUUCACCCGAGUAUGGCCUGGUCGAUACGAUGAAGAAUCACGUCGAGCUUCUAGCGCGCAUGAGCCAUGCCAUUCCCCAAUCGCCAACGGCAGACUUGACGGACAUUACUGGAGAGCUGGGCUUUGCUGCUGUGCCCCUGGAUUAA